AUGGCACCCAAACCUGCAUCCACAGCUGGAAAGGCACCUGCUUCUACCGCAUCGAAGGCCCCCGCGAAGACAACCUCCGACACCUCUAAGGCAGCGAAGAAGACAUCCAAACCUGCAGCAGCUUCGGGGGAAGAAGGGAAGAAGAAGAGGCGCAAGACGCGUAAGGAGACCUACUCGUCGUAUAUCUACAAAGUAUUGAAGCAGGUGCACCCUGAUACGGGUAUCUCCAAUAAGGCGAUGGCUAUUUUGAACUCGUUUGUGAAUGACAUCUUUGAGCGUAUCGCUACCGAGGCAUCGAAACUUGCAUCUUAUUCCAAGAAGUCUACAAUCUCUUCACGAGAAAUUCAGACUGCGGUCCGUCUCAUCCUUCCAGGUGAACUUGCCAAACACGCUAUCUCUGAGGGCACCAAGUCGGUCACGAAGUUCUCGAGCGCAGGCACGAAGUGA